AUGGAAUCUCAGGACGGAAUUUCCGUCCGGCCUAUGAGGCUGAAGGUGCUCUACACAUUCGAUGAUGCCAGUAAGACCAAUUGCUUGGCCCGAUGGCCUCAUCUCCUCGACAUUCAGACCGCUGCUCUCGACGAGAAAUUGCAAAUCGGUGUCAUCGAGCUGAAAACAUGCAUUCAGGCCAUCGUCUCGGCAAGUCCGGAACUGGUUGCCAAGCUCGGACAAGAUUACACUGUUUACGCCUACGAUUACUCCGAGUAUGAGACGCCUUUGGUCGGUCAGGGAAUGCUGUCGUGGGUGCUGGCUUCGGCGUCUCCCACCCCCAAUGCCCCCGCCCACCAGUCGAAAACUAUGGUCACCGGUCGGGUGUGCAAGAACGUGCUGGGUCUGUUUUCGAAGGGUGCCCAGGAGACAUUGGAGGUCAAAUUGCGAUUGGUGCCGGUCCCCACCGUCCUGCAGAGCGAGUAUCUCGAGAGCAUGCAGAGGUACCGGGAAUUGAGCAACGUCAUCCCUCACGAAUUCGACGCCCAGGCCUGGACGAGUUUUGUGCGGCAAAACCCGGGUUUGGUGUCUCCCCGCGACCAACAGCCGGACCCCAUAGCGUCACCGAUGGAUCAUGCUGGAAUUGAAAGGUUUCACCGAUUGCUCAGCGAGGGAUCAACGCCAAGAGAGUUCCCCUCCAUGGCCGCCAAUGCCUCUGUUCGAUCAGUUUCCCCCUCGCAAUCGGCGCUCGGACCCAUCAGCAGGAUUCCCACCCCCGCGCAGCAACAGGAACAAACACAGCAGUUUCAGCACCAGCAAGACCGACUGCACAACGAUGCCAUCCGACCCUCCUCCAGUGCGUCGAUGCGUGACUCGGAACUACCCAGGUACGGCAGUCGUCGAGGAUCCAUCCAGUCAGGCUACGGCAGCUGCGACGAGUCUUCGGAGCAGCAACCUCGCAAGCGGGCCAAGUUGUAUCGUGCGGACUGGCCUGGAAAAUCCGACUUGAACAUUGAGAGACAGCCCAGUUCUCUGCGGGUCGCCGCAAGCACUGCUGCCUCUGUACGCAUUCAUCGCCCUACCCCGGUCAACCCAGCUAUUGCUGCUGCUCACAACUCGAACGAAGAGCCGGUCCGCCCGCCCACUCCUAUUUCUAACGCACCCGAUUUCUCUCGUCGAGCACGACCUCCGCCCAGCUUACUCCGCGAGUCCUCUCUACACACGCCUUACACCUCCCCGUAUCCUAUGAGCGAUGAUCACCCCACUGGCGAUAAUCAGUCCCCGGAGUCUCGUUAUCAGGGUCUGUUCGAGCCGUCUUUCAGUAUGCCGUCGUCGCCUCCUGUUCUCGACUGUGGGUUCCCGAACCGCUCUAGCCCUGUUCUGCCGCCCAUGGCGGACUCGGGUUUCAUGAGCGGUGGAAUGGAUGAUCUCUUAGACGAAGAAAUCGGCACCCCUCUGGACGACUCUGUCUCGGCCGCCGCGGCCAGAGCCAAACGAACUGUCCGUCCUGCUGUACACCCUAGUUCGCCCAUCACGGCACCCCCCAAUCUGGAGAAUUUCUCCGCCAGCGACGCUCCGGAUCAACCUACCAAGGAAAGAGCAUCUGCACCUAUUCGUGCCCCAGCCAGCAAUGCAGGCUCGAGGCCGUCUUCUCGGGCUAGUAUGAGACAGGCUCCUAAGCCACUUGCACCUGCACCGAUGUCGCAGAGUGAGCUGGAGCAGCUUAUCAGUGCCAUUCCUGCAAGCGAUCCGAUCCUGCCUUCUCAACUGAACCCGCAGAACCCCCAGGCUUGGACCGGGCCCAUGAGUGACUUCAAUUCUGCCGAAACCCCAGCCCCGCAGCCAGUGCUCGAGAAUGGCAAGAUUCGCAGCGGCGCUGGUGCGCGCCGGUUGCGACAGGUUCAGGCACGUCUCGAUCGGUGCAUCCAGAGCGGCCAGGUACCGCCUUACUGCGAGAAUUGUGGUGCCAUUGAAACUCCUACUUGGCGCAGAGCGUGGUCGAAGGAGUUUGAGGGCAACGAAGAUGAUGCCAAAGAACUGACCAAGGACCCUACCAUGUUGUUCUGGCAGGCUGUUGAACGGGACGAUCAGGAGAAGGUCACCAAAUUCAAGGUCUACAAGAAGAGCCUCGCUGACACUGACAACGACUUUGUUCAGGUUCUCCUUUGCAACCCCUGUGGUCUUUGGCUCCACAAAUUCAAGUGCAUGCGCCCGGAAAACAAAUGGAACAAGACCGCCAGCAACAAGAGAAAGCGCCCUCCCAGGAACCGCAAGGGAGGCGGCCCGCUCUCGACUAACAACAACAACCCCGCCACGAGGCAUCGUGCCCGCGCCGAUUCCUCGAAAGCCGAUGAGUCCUCUCCGGGGGCGUCCGACGCUUCGUCGCCCGCGGUGGACGAUCCCACUCCCCGUGGUGAUAAUGACAGCAACGAGACUGAGAACAACCACGAGCGAGAGAACGAUGAGUCCCAGGAGCAGCCCGGUAAGCGACGCCGUGCCAACAGCCUGGAGCCACGCAAAUCCACCGACGUUGCGGGCAGUCGCUGGCAGGAGCAAGAUCCCGCGGCCGCUCUCCGCGAAGCCAUCCAGUCUAGUCCUGCGAGAAAUGCUCGGUCGCGCAAUGCUCCGGCGGCGGGCGAGAAUGCUCUUACUCCCAAGUCAGUGAGAAGAGUGCUAUUUCCUAACUCCCACAAUGAGGCUGGACCGUUGAGAGCAUUGGGUGACUCAAGCGUCAACAGCCCACGACGCAGCCCGCGCAGUUCUCGGCCGGCCGAGAAGCAACCUGAUGACAAAGAAAACCAGACUACUACCAAUCUGGACGCGCUCUUCGAGAGUCCUAGUUUCGGCUUCGACGUGCCUGUCAGCCCGACCCCUCGCCGUCGCAACCAGCGGUCGAACUUGCUGAGCGAGAAGCGCCUUUCCCUGCCGUACAUCUCGCCUUCCUCCAAGGCUCGGAGGGGACUCGGCGGCGAUACGUCUCCUACCAAAAUCACUGCACAACGACUUCAGCGGAUCCAGAGCAGCCCCGGCCCCAUGCCACGUCAGCACAAGACCCCCAAGCAGUCGCGCUCGGCUUUGGGCGAUCUUCAGCUGCCUAUCGAUGCUUUCGGCACUUUCGAGGGGAUGGAUAACAUGAUCGUGGAUAUCUUUUCAGAUGCACCCUCAGCAGCCGCCACCGAUGCGCUUUUUGGAAUCGAAAAAUGUGCAUCGGGUAGCAACUGGCCCGACUGGAUUCCGUCCGAUUACGUCUCUCCCACUGGUUCCGAUGGCGAGCCUGUGAACGGAGAUUCCGGAGCGAGUGGGGAUGAUCCGCGGGAUUUGCUCAACGCGCUCAUGUCGGAUCCGGAUCUCCAGAGGAACAACCAGUUUGAUAUUUUUAACUAUGUCGAAACGAACGUGCUCGAUUCCGGGUUCUUCAGCUCGGAUGCUCUCAACUCGGAGACCGUGACGCCGCUCGGCGCGAAGGACAAGGCUGUGGACGAGUCUCCCAGCACCAAAGCACAGCCAAGUGCAAAUGAUGUUUAA